AUGGACUAUUCAGACACUCCACAAGAAGAAUCCACUCAUAGUUAUGACUAUGAUCUCUUUGUAAUCGGAGGUGGUUCUGGAGGGCUUGCUUGUGCCAAGGCUGCUCAAGAAGCAGGAGCUAAAGUAGCAGUAGCUGAUUUUGUAAAGCCAACUCCAAAGGGAACAAAGUGGAAAGUAGGAGGAACAUGAGUGAAUGUUGGUUGAAUCCCCAAAAAGCUGAUGCACUACUCCGCAUUGUUAGGAAAUUCUUAUCACGACCAAGUUGAGAGCGGAUGGGAGCAUGAGAAACCUUCUCAUGACUGGGGUAAAAUGAUUACCAAUGUCAAUAACCAUAUAAGAGGUAUCAAUUUUGGAUACAAAGCAGAUAUGAGAAAGAGAGGUAUAAAGUUUCAUGAAAAGUUUGCAUCCUUUGUCGAUCCUCAUACCGUACAACUAGUUGAUAAGAAGGGCAAGACCGAAAUGAUUACUUCUAAUUAUUUCGUAAUUGCUACUGGAGGCAGACCUCUCUAUCCUGAUAUUCCUGGAGCCAAAGAGCAUGCAAUUACUAGUGAUGAUAUUUUCUGGAUGAAAGACAACCCUGGUAAAACCCUUGUGGUAGGUGCUUCCUAUGUCGCGUUGGAAUGAGCUGGAUUUUUACAUCAUUUUGGAAACGAAGUUUCAGUUUGUGUCCGAUCAAUCUUUUUGAGAGGUUUCGAUCAAGAUAUGGCGCAAAAGAUUGCUAAAGACAUGGAACUCAGCGGGAUUAAUUUCAUUAGAGACUCUGUGCCUACCAAAAUUGAGAAAGACGAAGAGACUGGCAAGCUCACCUGAUUUUUAACAGUAGGAGGCGAAGAAACUACCGUCGAAGUAGAUACUGUUCUUUUUGCAAUUGGUAGAUAUGCUGUGACAGCUGAUUUAAAUCUAGAUAAUGCUGGACUCAUUGCUGAAAAGAAUGGAAAAUUCAUUACUGACAAAUACCAGAAAACUAAUGUUGACAAUAUCUAUGCUAUAGGGGAUGUGCUUCAUGGAAAAUUGGAACUUACUCCAACUGCAAUUCAAGCGGGAAGACUAUUGGCUGAUAGACUAUUUGCUGGAGGAACUACUACAAUGGAUUUUUAUGAUGUUCCUACUACUAUCUUUACUCCUCUCGAGUAUGGAUGAGUAGGUUAUUCAGAGGAAGAUGCUAGGGAGGAAUAUGGUGACUUCAUCAAAGUUUACCAUACUUAUUUCCAGCCAUUAGAAUGGAACUUUGCAAAAUCAAUCUAUAAGGAGAGGAAUUGAUACGUAAAAAUUAUAGUAAACACUGCAGAUAAUGACAGAGUGAUCGGGUUCCAUAUUCUCUGUCCUAAUGCUGGGGAGAUAACACAAGGAAUUGCUAUUGCCAUCAAAGUAGGAGUCACAAAGCCUCAGUUAGAUAACUGUGUUGGAAUUCAUCCUACAAUUGCUGAAGAAAUGACUAAUCUACAUAUUGAUAAAGCUGAUAAUCCAGAUCCAAUUAAAUCGGAUUGCUGAUCUUAA